CGGUCAGGCCCGCCCCGCGAGAUACUUUAACAGCCAGGCCCCGUUCUGCGUGCGUGCGCGGCCCCGCGGAGACGUGCAGGCUCCCGCGUAGCCCGAGGCUGAGGUGGCAGCAGCCGGGCCAACAUGGAACUGCCGCAGAUGCCGGAGCUGAUGGGGUUGUCGCUGCUGCUCGGGCUGCUGGCCCUGAUGGCGACGGCGGCGGUAGCGCGGGGGUGGCGGCGCGCGGAGGAGGAGAUCCGGUCCGCGGGCCAAAAAGCAAAUGGAGUUCCACUUGACAAGUCCUUGAGAUCCAAGAAGCAGAAACAGCAACAGCGAACUCGUAAGGAGAAGCCUCAACAACACAACUUCACCCACCGCCUCCUGGCUGCUGCGCUGAAGAGCCACAGUGGGAACAUAUCUUGCAUGGACUUUAGCAGCAACGGCAAGUACCUGGCCACCUGUGCCGACGAUCGCACUGUCCGCAUCUGGAGCACCAAGGACUUCCUGCAGCGGGAGCACCGCAGCAUGAGAGCCAAUGUGGAGCUGGACCAUGCCACCCUGGUGCGCUUCAGCCCUGACUGCAGAGCCUUCAUUGUCUGGCUGGCCAAUGGAGACACCCUCCGUGUCUUCAAGAUGACCAAGCGAGAGGAUGGGGGCUAUACCUUCACAGCCACCCCAGAGGACUUUCCUAAAAAGCACAAGGCACCCGUCAUUGACAUUGGCAUUGCUGACACAGGAAAGUUCAUCAUGACUGCUUCCAGUGACACAGCUGUCCUCAUCUGGAAUCUGAAAGGUCAAGUGUUGUCUACCAUUAACACCAACCAGAUGAACAAUACCCAUGCUGCUAUAUCCCCUUGUAGCAGGUUUGUGGCCUCGUGUGGCUUCACCCCAGAUGUCAAAGUUUGGGAAGUUUGCUUUGGGAAAAAAGGCGACUUCCAGGAGGUCGUACGAGCCUUUGAACUGAAGGGCCACUCUGCCGCUGUCCACUUCUUUGCUUUCUCCAAUGACUCCCGAAGGAUGGCCUCUGUCUCCAAGGAUGGCACGUGGAAACUGUGGGACACAGAUGUGGAGUAUAAGAAGCAGCAGGACCCCUACUUGCUGAGGACUGGCCGCUUUGAAGAGGCGAGCAGCAUGCCGUGCCGCCUGGCACUGUCCCCCGACGCCCAGGUCCUGGCCUUGGCCAGUGGCAGCAGUAUUCACGUCUACAAUAGCCGGCGGGGUGAGAAGGAGGAGUGCUUCAAGCAGGUCCAUGGGGAGUGUAUCUCUGACUUGGCCUUUGACAUCACUGGCCGGCUGCUGGCGUCCUGUGGGGACCGGGCAGUGCGGCUCUUCCACAACACCCCUGGCUACCGGGCAGUGGUGGAAGAAAUGCAGGGCCUCCUGAAGCGGGCCUCCAAUGAGAGCACCCGCCAGAGGCUGCAACAGCAGCUGACCCAGGCCCAGGAGGCCCUGAAGAGCCUGGGCGCCUUGAAGAAAUGACUCUGGGAGGGGGCAGCAGGCAGGAUCGGGCCUUCUGCUGCCGCUUGUCUCCCAGGUACGCUACAGCUGGAAACCUUUUGAAAGGAGUAUCCUGAUUUUUUAAAAUGAUGGCCCCUUCCUUUUUCCCAUUGAAACUGUUCUUGCCUACUUAGAUCUCUCUCUCUUCUUUCUGGUUGUGACUCCUGGCUUUACUUGACCUCCCAGGCUAAUGACCAAGGUGCUUCUCUUUUUCCUGGGCCCAACGGGUGGAAUCUGUUUUCACUGAGCACUGAGGAGGGUGGUAACAGGAGAGAGAGAGAGAGAACAUGGUCUUUGACCUUGUGGCAACACACCCUGGUAUCCAAAGAAGUUUGUAAUUGUGGAGGCAAAACCUGCAGAACGCCUGAGUACUACUCAGCAGUGUCGCAGAGGCUGAGAGACUGCGAUCUCUUCCAAUUACAGAACGGUGCUGUGGGUCAGGGAAAGGCUAGUCUUGAUCCAGGCAAAGCCCCUAACCUCAUCCAAAAGUUUUUAAGGAAUUCCAUUCUGUGCCUCAGUUUUCUUAUUUGGAAAAUGGAGAAUAAUCUCGUCUUGACUUCCUUAACAAAGAUUUGAGAAUAUGAGAGUAUAAGUCCCGAGAUUUGGAAGGAAAAUGGAAAAGAGUAUUAAUAUGUCAUCUGUUAUCCAAUAUCAUUUAUUAACUACUGGGUAAAAGUGGGGUUUCAUACUCUGUAGUUUGAAACUAAAUUAGAAAGAAACAAACAUAUCCCUUGGGAAGGUGAAGUGUCUGGGAUCAUACAUUUCAUAUCUGGUUCUGCUGUAAGUGGUGUGGUAGAGUCAUAGAAUCCGCAAAUGGGGUCCUCUCUUCCAGGAGGUUGUAUCCUGUUGGAGGAGACCCAUUUUCGGUUCAACAAACAUUUGAGUGCCUACUGUGCCCAGCACAGCACUGGACAUAGAUAUAAAUGGGACAUGUUCUCUGCCAUCAAAGAUGGCUGGUGGGAGAGAGGUACGCAUGCCUGCUAAGUGCUUUUUGUUAGCUUACCUACAGCUGUAGAAGGUUGUUGUAAAAGUCAAGGCAGGAGAGGACUGAACCAGGACAGAGGCAGUAGAUAUGAAGUUGAAGUUGAAGGGAUAGAUUUGAUACGAGAGGAGGUACUUAGAAGUUCGGCUUUUUGGACUUGAGGACUGCCGGGGUGUGGGAGAUAAAGGAAAUGAAGAAUCCAGGAAGGCUUGAGUGUAGGCAACAUUGAUUCAGUCAAAUCAGGUUCUUCUCCCUCUCCCUAAAACUGGGACCUCCCUUCUGCACUGGCAGUGUUUGAACAAGCCACAGCCUUUCAGUACUCCCUCCGCCCCACUACCACUACCACCAUCCACCCCUCCAAAACAUUCUUGGUUAUACUCCAGAUUGUAUGAUAUCCUGAAUGUACUGCUUCUCUCCAUCUUCUCUUACAAGCCUGGUCCUAGCCCCUGGCACCUACCGGACUAUAAUAUAGUGUCCUCAGUGGUC